AUGGACGGUUUUGAAUGCUUUGACGAUGAUGAUGAUGAUGUUCAAGAGGAUGAUAUCCAGUAUUUUUUCUAUGGAUGUUAUAUCUUGUUAUCACUCAAUCCAAAGUUUCGUGGUAAAACCUACAUCGGUUUCACAGUUAAUCCUAAGAGACGAAUAAGACAACAUAAUUCUGGUUGCUUAAAAGGCGGAGCAAAGUCAACAAGCGGAAAAGGACCUUGGGAAAUGGUUUUAAUUGUUCAUGGAUUCCCGAACGCAAUAUCUGCCUUAAGGUUCGAAUGGGCCUGGCAGAAUCCAAAGUUAUCACGUCGAUUAAAAGACUCGCUUCCAGUUAAAAAGCCAAGGGAAUCUAGUUUUGACUACCGUUUGCGAGUUCUUGCAUUAAUGCUGUGCAGCGGACCUUGGAAUCGUUUGGGCUUGACUGUCCAGUGGUUAAAACAGUCUUAUGCACGAAACUUGUCAGAAAAUUUGGUACCCCCUUUACAUAUGCCAAUCGCUUUCGGACCAGUAGAAGCAAACUGUGUGGACAAACCCAGUACUACCAGUAAAGUCUCUGGACUAUGCCAUUUAUGUGGUGUUCCGUUUUCAGUUGAUUCUUCUUUGCCACUUAUCUGUCCUGCGUCUUGCCCCCUGGGUCAAUGGCACUUGUUGUGUCUAGCAAAUUAUAUGACUUCAACUAGCGAUUCGCCUUCAUCUCAUUCUUAUCAGAAACAUAUUUCAUACUUAAUACCAUUAUCUGCCCCAUGCCCUGCUUGUUACGAAGCGGAACUCCUCUGGCCUUCACUUAUUAAGUCAUGGAGAUCAAGAACUAAGACUUCUAAGGAUACAAAUAUUUCCAAUAGCUUAGAAACACAUCUUUAA